GCCGGAAGCGGCCGGUGGGCGGCGCCGCCCCAAGAUGGCGGAGUACGUGCAGCUGGUGAAGCGGGCGCUGAAGCAUCUCGGCGGCCACGGCGGUGUCCGCGGCGCCCUGUGGCAGCUGCUGAGGGUCAAUGAUUUGAAGACUGGUACGCUGAUAGGAGUUGACAAAUAUGGAAACAAAUACUAUGAAGACAAAAGAAACUUCUUUGGUCGACACCGAUGGGUCAUAUAUACUGACGAAAUGAACGGCAAAAAUACAUUUUGGGAAGUUGAUGGAAGUAUGGUGCCCCCUGAAUGGCAUCGUUGGCUUCAUUGUAUGACGGAAGACCCACCAACUACUCAUCCACCAGUUGCUCGUAAAUUUAUUUGGGAGAACCAUAAAUUCAAUCUGAGUGGCACUCCUGGACAGUAUGUACCUUACUCUACUACUCGCAAGAAGAUACAAGAGUGGAUUCCACCAACAACACCUAGCAAAUAACUGCAGAAAAAUAUAGCUUGGAUUUCAGUGCAAAUUAUAUUUUCACUGGUUUUGAUCAAAAUAAAAGCCUCCUAUAACAAUAA